ACCACCUCUUUCCGAUGAAUCAUUAAUUCAUAAACGUGUGUAGAAUGAACCUACCUUGGGUUUUCUAUAGCCUUAAUCUAGAUCAUUAAUCUAGAUCUUGAACAUAGCACUGUGAUCAUUUCAGCACUAACCCCUUGAUUCUUUUCUUCCAGAUUCUGGUGGCUCUUAGACACCUUCAUUUCAAGAACAUUGUCCACUGUGAUCUGAAACCAGAGAACGUGCUGUUAGCAUCUGCAGAGCCCUUCCCACAGGUGAAGCUGUGUGACUUUGGCUUCGCUCGCAUCAUUGGGGAGAAGUCGUUCCGCCGCUCGGUGGUGGGCACCCCUGCCUACCUGGCCCCCGAGGUCCUCCGGAGCAAAGGCUACAACCGCUCCCUGGACAUGUGGUCGGUGGGGGUUAUUAUCUACGUCAGCCUGAGUGGAACUUUCCCCUUCAACGAGGAUGAGGACAUCAACGACCAGAUCCAGAACGCUGCUUUCAUGUACCCGCCCAACCCCUGGAAAGAGACCUCUGUAGACGCAAUCGACUUGAUAAACAACCUACUUCAAGUGAAGAUGAGGAAGCGCUACAGUGUUGAUAAAUCACUCAGUCACCCAUGGCUGCAGGAUUACCAGACCUGGUUGGACCUCCGGGAGUUUGAGACCCGCCGCGGAGAGCGCUACAUCACCCACGAGAGCGAUGACGCUCGCUGGGAGGAGUAUGCAAACGAGAGGAGCCUGCUCUACCCCAAGCACUUCAUCAUGUCUCCAAACCUGGAUGACAUGGAGGAGGACCCCUAGCUGUUGGGAGGAUGAACUACAACUUCUCCAGCAAUGGUUGGGGGAGGGGGGGGGACAGUUGAUUUACCUCUGACUACUGGCAGAGCAGGUCCAGUGGUCGUACGGAACCGACCGCCUUUAGAAACUGUUUCUCAGAAACUUGGGGGAAAGAGAUGUGGGGUCUUGCACCCAUGUCCAUGCCCUGCAGGCACCCAAAAUAAGUCUUGUGCAGGGCUUUGGUGCUCAUGGUGUAUGCAACAGUGCCCUUACAUGGGAAGUUGACAGACACAAUGUGGGAUUUUUCAGGUUGUUUCUUUUGUUUUCUUAAAGAACAUUCCAGAGAUUGGAUGGGACACGCUCUCUCUCUCUUUCUGUCUCUAGUCUCUGCUGCCUUCUUCAGCUAGCCAUAACACGAGUCUCUUGAGCCUGAAAGAUAAACUUUGAGUGUUUGGGAACCCUCCUAUUAGAGUUCAUAAACAUUUGCACUGCCAUUCAAAACUAUUGAAGGGCCCACAGCCUGGACCAAAUCCAACAGCGAUGGACGCUUGAGAUUUUUAGCUUUUACCCGGCGUAUUUUUCUUAAAUCCUCGUUUUGUGUUUUUAAGAUGUUCACCAAAACUACAAGUGAUUUCAGAUUGCUUGAAAGUAUUUUGGAAAGAAACGUUUAUAUGGAACGGUUUUAUGUUAGGCUAUUAAACUGGAACACAUAAGAAAUGUAUACGAAGUCUUAGAUAUUUUACAUACUUCUUCAUUGAAGCAUAGUGGUCCUAAAAUCUUUGUGUUGUAAAUGAACGUUUGAUCCAGUUGCCUUUGAAAUGUAAUUUCUUUCAGAGUCUGCUGGGUAAAUCCACCCUCACUGAGACUUUUUUGUGUUUUGCUUUCUAAAGCUGAGAGUGUUUAGCAUUUCAUCCAAACGAUAAUCUUUAAUGUGUUGAUGCUGCUGGUGAAGCUUGUUGUAAGCAACCCCUCAUGCCCUUGAUGGAUGAAGGAGCGUGAAAGAAGCCAUUCAGCUAGUCUCCUCUCACCCAGGCUAAGCUAGAUGAAGAAGUUGUUUGAGUAAUUGUAAACACCUAGAAAACACCUGAUACUAAGACGCGCUUCGCACACAGACAUACACAUAUACACACACACACACACACACACACACACACACACACACACGGUAUGCUCUGUCCAACCCCAAGAUGGAGUAUGAAGCAUCAGCGCAAUAGCUGUGUUUAGAGUCCCAUCUCUAGCGCAUUAUAUCUAUGACAACCAGCACGAUCCUGAGAAGACCCAAACCGUUGGGAGCAGCAGCUGCUGUAGUGUGGACCAUCGGCCCAUCGGCCAGCCGCCUCCCUCUGAGACGCCAAAGACAUAGCACAUGAAACAGAGAAAGAGUGGAGGAAUGCCGAUUCCCUUACAGUCCUGAGAAUUCAAGCCGGAUGCAAACAUUUUCAGUUGUGUAAUGUGUAACAUUGCUAGGGGUUGUCAGGAGUUGUUGGUACAGGUCAAAUAUUUCAGGUCCAGAUGCCUUUAGCACAUGUUAAUGGCCAUGUACAGUUGAGAGUUUUAAAAUGUAUUUUUGUCACAUGCAGGAGGCUUAAGUAACUUAGACACUCAGUGGAAGUUUGAAUGAAUGCAGUCUCUCACUAUAGGCCUACAAUCUACAGAAGGUUUUUAAUCAAGAUAUAUUUUUUCUACCAUUCAUGACCAAAAUGUUUAGUUUUUUUUAUUCUUGGUAAUGUGACAGGUCUAAAUGUUUCUGUGGAUUAUGUUCAUUGAUUUUAUGUCAAUUCUCUGGUCACACUCAUUGUGAGGUGAUUAGUUCGGAUUUGAAGGACACAAGUGUUUUUUGUGUGAACCCAUGAAGUGGCCACAGGGCUUCAUCCUCCAGCGGGGUUUACUAUAGGCUUCCACUCAGGCCCCAGCCAGUGCACAUGAAAGGACUCUUAAUGCCGAGAUGCUACUGCCAAUAUGUGUACUUCUUCUCAUUUCUAUGCUGGUUGGAUUCUGAAGACCACAAUGCAUCAGUGCAGUACUUGAUCUAUAUUUUAAUGUUAUUUUCCUGUAGUGUGCAAUCACUUCUAAAUGAAAUCCCUCAUGCUUCGGUGAUGGUUGAUUGGCAGUCCGCUGAUUGCAUUGGCGCAGGAACUCAGUAUGCCUUAAGUAGCGUGUUUGUGUCUGUGCACACAGAUUCAGGUCCAUAUUGAGCUGGUAUGAAGCAUUUUUCCCAAAGUGCUUGUGUUCGCUAUUAUUUCUCUCAUUGUGUAGCAUCCACGUGAAGAUCCUUUUGUAAGUCUGUUUCUAGUUUUUUUGUGUGUUUGGCCUACCUUCACUGAUGCAUUUGGAACAGAUCCAUCUGCCCUGGCUUUUUCAGAUUUGACACUGAUCCCUCAGUAAGCUCCAAAUUCAACUUAAACAUUACAGCAAGGCAAAUGGAAGGUUGUGAGCAAAAUGCUGAUGUUAUGUCUUAACUUUUACAAGAGCCCACUCCUCCACGCGGUUACAGUGCAGCAGUAAUUUAAACAUCCUCUUUCUUAGAGAUCAGCAAUAAAUACGGAGGAAAUGUAGGUUCUUCGACAUUUUUGAGACCGUGUUUACCAGUGAAAGACUCCAAGACCCCAAAAUGUGUUUUUUUUUUUUCUUCUUCUUCUGUGAAAUGCAGACAUUUGUAAUUUGGGAGAGGGCCGUUUUAUUGGAUUACUUUGGGAUUGUGGGGGCCUUCUGGAGCCAUUCCUUUCAUCUUGAACUGUGAUUAUAAUUUGGGUGGAUUCUGUCAGUGCAACUGACCACAGCUACCUUGUGAAGGAUGCCAUAUUUAUGUUUAAAGCACACAUCUAUGGGUGACAAAACUUCCUGAGAAUCGUAUGAAGCUCAUGCUGCCACUGGAUUGGCAGAUGUCAGUGUUUUGUAUGUUUUACUACUCACAUAUCUUAAUAAAAACUGCCUCUUAACAGCUGA